AUGUCGAACCUACCUUCCCACGCCUCCCCAACCUUCGUGGCGCAAGAUGCGCCCUCCCACCCUGUGGAAGAACUCUCCAUUAGCACAGAUCAAACAGCAAUUCUGCCCUCAGAUAGCAGAGUAGACGAGCUUCGUGACAGUGCUAUCGCCCAGUCUGACAGCGCAGAUAGCGAUCGGGGUGAUGUAACCCCCGCCGUGCCUGCCUCCCUCCUCUCCCCGUCCUUCACCCCUCCAGCUACCCCCGGUGGUACAUUCAAUCCAGCGAAAUUGCUUCAACAGACUCAACAGUUACCACACACUAAAGCUCCGAAACUUCUUCCUUGCCUUCCCGAAGUCGAAUGCAUCGUUCGCGCACGGAUUCCCACCACCACCGGCGCGGAGAUGUUUCUCCAUCUCUAUCACAACAACUUGGACAACAAAGAGCACUUGGCAAUUGUGUUUGGAAACACUAUUCGAAGUCGGAGCCUGGACAAGGUUCGGCCAGGGGAAACGGAAAUGGAUCGUAUGAUACGUGGAGCUUAUGUGGGCACAUUGCAUCCCGGUCGUGUGAGCAGUUGGUAUGAUGAUGGAAACGCUGAGGGUGCAGCUGGUGAGCAAGGCAGCAAUGCAGCUGCUGACGGUGGACCUGUAUCAUCAGGAAGGUCAACUGCGACAGAGAGUUCACCUAGUCAAGCGCCACUGGUGAGGAUACACUCCGAAUGCUAUACCGGAGAGACCGCCUGGUCUGCGCGCUGCGAUUGUGGUGAACAACUAGACGAAGCAGCCAGGUUGAUGUCCUUCCCCAUGGAGACUCUAAGUGAAAUGGCUUCCCAGCAAGCUGUUCCGGUGCCUUCCAAUGCCUCUGGCGGGGUGAUUGUUUACCUGCGGCAAGAGGGUCGCGGAAUAGGACUGGGGGAGAAGCUCAAGGCCUACAACUUGCAGGAUCUUGGCUCCGACACUGUAGAGGCUAAUCUUCUCUUGCGACACCCUGCUGACGCGAGAAGCUACGGUCUGGCUACCGCGAUCCUAGUCGACCUUGGGUUGGGUGUGGAUGCCAAUCCUCACGGCAUCCGACUUCUUACGAAUAACCCGGAUAAGGUUCGCGCCAUUGAGGGUGCAAAUCGUGAGGUGGCAGUUAAGGAGCGUGUGCCAAUGAUACCUUUGGCAUGGAGAUCGGGGGGAAAGCAGGGCAUUAAAAGUCUAGAAGUAGAGGGCUAUCUCAGGACAAAGAUCGCGAAAAUGGGACACAUGAUUGAAUAA